CCACAUUAACUUCUUUGACAACUCUAUAAUGGAGCUUUCUUCAUCACUUCCUCAAGUGUCUAUCUUCCUUCUUCUUCUUCUUCUUCUUCCUUCUCUGAUCUCUGCUCAAAUUUGCCAGAGAGCCUGUGGGAAAAACUUUCUGAAAUACCCUUUUGGAAGUGGCCCUGGUUGCGGCGACCCUCGCUUCCAACCUUAUGUUUCUUGCUCACAACAGAAGCUCACAUUCACAACUCACACUGGUUCUUACUAUGUCAACUCAAUUGACUACACCAAACAAGUCUUGUUCAUCUCAGACCCUACCAUGUCCACAUGCUCCUUCACUGUCCCCAGUAAAGGAUUUGGCCUAAACUGGGAUGCCCCUUUCACUUUCGACGAUUCCACCAUUUUUGCUCUCUUAGAUUGUUCUAAUAACUCUUCAUCUAUAUGCACACGAAGUGAUGAUUCUGAUGAUGGUGGUGGUAACAAAAGUUCCCCGCUUUUGUGUGACUUAGGGACACCAAUUUGCAGUCUUCUUUACUCUUGCAGGCCUAUCAGUACCAUCAACAUGCCUAUCUCAUCUUGCUGUGUUUAUACACCAGUGAAUCUUGGUCCUUCUUUUGAGAUGGAUUUGCAGAAACUUCAAUGUACUUCGUAUUCUGGGUUUUAUGGCUACAACGAUCAGAACUCUGAUCCUGAGAAAUGGAGCUAUGGGAUAGCUAUCAAGUAUAAGUUCAGUGUCACUAAUGAUUUUCCAGAUCCUUGUGCUGAUUGUGAGAGGAGCUAUGGAGUGUGUGGCUAUGAUGGACCUUCCAAUUCUUUUAUCUGUAACUGUCCUAAUGGAAUCAACACUACACAUAAUUGUUACUUCCCUUCUUAUAACAAUGGUCUCAGAAACGGAGUUGCUUGGUUGAUCCAUCUCAUGGUCUGGUUUCCAGUUUGGUUGUUCUUCUUCUAGGUUGAAAUUACUGGUAUUUCUGCAAUCAAUUUCACUAGUUUUGGAAAGAAAGAAAAAAGAAAGAGAAUAUUAUGUGUGACUUUUCUAGUCAAAAGAUCAGUGCGUAUGCAAGAUGCAAAUUGUAAUUUCCUUUGGCUUGAUAAAUGUUUCUGUAGAAAAUAAACCCAGAUGCAAAAAAAAAAAAAAAAAAAAAGUGGACUUCAUUUGAAUAUGAAAUCCAGACAU